AUGACCGCCCCUGGGACGCUAGCAGAGAUGCCCAGACAGUUCCCAAAGUUAAACACGUCUGAAGUUGACGAGUCUGUGAGAAUCUUAGCUGAAAAGGUUUUUGCCAAGGUUCUUCGAGAAGAAGAUAGCAAAGAUGCCUUGUCACUUUUCACUGUGCCUGAAGAUUGUCCUAUUGGGCAACAAGAGGCCAAAGAAAGAGAACUUCAGAAGGAAUUGGCAGAACAGCAGUCUUUGGAAACUACCAAAAGGAAGAAAAGUUUCAAGAUGAUUCGAUCCCAGUCCUUGUCAUUACAAAUUCCAUUGCAAGACUGGAAGCCUCCAUCAGCUACUCCGGCUGUGUCUCCUCCUACUCCAGUUCUUCCAGGUGCCUUUCAACCUAUCCAAGGGACAUACGAUGUACCAGAAUUUCAAAGAGUUACAAUUACUGGGGAUUACUGUGCUGGGGUUACAGUUGAUGAUUAUGAACAAGCUGCCAGGAAUUUAGCAAAAGCUUUACUUAUUCGAGAGAAGUAUUGCCGCUUUGCUUACCAUCGUUUUCCAAGGACAACAGCACAAUAUUUAUGUAGUAUGAAAAAUGAAAAAUGGAAAACUGAAGAUGAAGUACUCCCAGAUUUCCAUCCACCACCAAAAGAACUAGUCGAUCCUUACAAUCUUGAUGAUUCUCCAGGGAAUUUAGACUAUGUUGUAAAGAUGAAGGAUGGCAUCUUCUUAGUUUUUGAAAACAAAGACAUGAUGGAAAUUAAUGAAUCACGAAGUUUGCCUUAUCCUGAUCGGCACACCUACACCCUUGACCUCAGCCAUGUUCUGGCUCUUAUUGCUGAUGGCCCAACGAAGACAUAUUGCCAUAAGCGGCUUAACUUUCUAGGAUCUAAGUUUGGAUUACAUGAAAUGCUAAAUGAAAUGUCUGAACUAAAAGAACUGAAGAGUAACCCCCAUCGAGAUUUUUAUAAUGUGAGAAAGGUUGAUACCCACAUCCAUGCUGCUGCUUGCAUGAAUCAGAAACAUCUACUGAGGUUCAUUAAGCACACUUAUCAAACGGAACCCAACAGGAUAGUUGGGGAAAGAAAAGACAAGAAGCUGACUUUGAAGCAGGUGUUUGAAAGCCUACACAUGGAUCCCUAUGACCUCACUGUAGACUCACUAGAUGUCCAUGCAGAUCGUCAGACAUUUCACCGGUUUGAUAAAUUUAACUCCAAAUACAAUCCUGUAGGUGCAAGUGAGUUGAGGGACUUGUACUUGAAAACAGAAAACUAUCUUGGUGGUGAAUAUUUUGCUCGGAUGGUGAAGGAAGUUGCCCGUGAACUAGAAGAAAGUAAAUAUCAGUACACAGAACCUCGGCUGUCUAUUUAUGGGCGUUCCGCAGAUGAAUGGCAGAAUUUGGCUAAAUGGUUCAUAAGGCACAAAGUUUAUUCACCUCACAUGCGCUGGAUUAUUCAGGUCCCAAGAAUCUAUGAUAUAUUUAGGGAAAAAAAUAUUCUGCCUAACUUUGCGAAAAUGCUGGAAAACAUAUUCUUACCUCUGUUUGAAGCAACCAUCAACCCCUUGGAUCAUAAAGAAUUACAUCUUUUUCUUAAAUUUGUGACAGGGUUUGAUAGUGUGGAUGAUGAAUCAAAACACAGUGAUCACAUGUUCUCUGAAAGGAGCCCCCAUCCUGAUACUUGGAUUAGUGGAAAAAAUCCUCCAUAUAGCUAUUAUUUAUAUUAUAUGUAUGCAAACAUCAUGGUUCUCAACAAUCUUAGAAAGGAGAGAGGCAUGAGCACCUUCUUGUUUCGACCUCAUUGUGGAGAAGCUGGAUCAAUAACUCACCUGGUGUCCUCCUUUCUAACUGCAGACAAUAUUUCCCAUGGAUUACUCCUAAAAAAGAGUCCAGUUCUCCAGUAUCUUUAUUAUCUUGCACAAAUCCCCAUUGCCAUGUCUCCUCUUAGCAACAACAGCUUAUUCCUGGAGUAUUCAAAAAACCCACUGCGAGAAUUCUUGCACAAGGGACUGCGUGUUUCUCUGUCCACAGAUGACCCCAUGCAAUUCCACUAUACCAAGGAAGCACUGAUGGAGGAAUAUGCCAUAGCAGCCCAAGUAUGGAAACUGAGUACUUGUGACCUAUGUGAAAUUGCAAGAAACAGUGUACUACAAAGUGGCUUGUCACACAAGGAAAAACAGAAAUGCAUAGGUCUAAAUUACUGUGCUGAAGGGCCAGAGGGAAACGAUAUUAGAAAGACAAAUGUUGCACAGAUUCGAAUGGCUUACAGAUAUGAGACUUUAUGCAAUGAACUGAGUUUUCUGUCUGAUGCGAUGAAGACAGAAGAGAUUACAGCACUGUCAAAAUAGCCACAACCAACAAGUCGGAACAAAAGGGAGAAUGUGAGCUUUUGCAGGACAGAAAGUCAUCGGAUCAUCAGAAUUCUUAGAUUACACCGGUUUCUGCAAAUGCUUACCUUUAAUAGGACUGCUGUAGAUGCCAAGAUGCAGGCUUCUAGCUACGUUUAUACAUUUAGAAGUACAUUCUAACUCUAGUCAUUAUAGAUUUGCAUCUCAAGAUACAUAACGUUCUGCUGUGAAAAAAGGGACAUAGGACUGUAGCUUUUGGUAGCAUACACAGACCAGUUUUCUCACAAUUUUUCUCAUAUUGGAUUGCUGGCACUUUAAACAUUACCUUCUGUUUAGAUUUCAGGUGUCUGACUGUACACAGUACUAUAGUGUCUGUUAGUUAACAAAGAUCAUCCUGGAUUUAGAAAUUAAAAUCUAAUAUAACCAAAGAUCAGCACAUCGUUCAUAGAUGUUCAUAGUGGACAUACAAAUACUUGGAUUUUCCAGAUGGGCCCUUUAAUUGAAGAGUAAUUUGAUAUGGCAUCCAGGUAUUUUUCAGAUACCUGAAAAAUGCAAAUCAGAUAUUGAUAUAUCCACCAGGAUUUGCUAUAUGAUACAGUGGAGCUUUUUCAACAGAUCCAUAUCAACAUGCCACUUUAUUCAUCAUCAUGAGUCUUGUUCCACACCUUGGUUUUUUCAGUAUAGAAACUUUCUUGUCUAUGUAUUAGGGGGCAGAUUUACUUGCAAAUAUGUAUUCAUGCACAUUAGAAUACCAACAUUGGCUAAAUU